AUGCCUGCGCUCGACGCCGCACACCCGCCGCUCCUGCUCGGCCUCUCGCUCAAGCACCUCUCGCUCCUCAUCCUCGUCGUCCAAAACACCGCUCUCGGCGUUGUCAUGCACCACUCGCGAGUCUCGGCACCCAUCGGCCACGCCUAUUUUUUCCCCACCGCCGUCCUCCUCACCGAGCUCUUCAAGUGCAUCAUCUCGUUUGCCUUCGCGCUCGUCUCGUCGCCCGACCGCGAGUCGACGCCAGCCCAGCACGCCACCUCCUACCUCCCCAUCUCGCACCGCCAGCACGACCGCGAGAAGCCCGUGCCCAGGAGCCCCUCGCGCCGCCACCGCAAACCUUCGCUCCACGAGAUCCGCUCGCCCCUCGCACCCUCCUCGUCGUCGUUGCUGUCGCCGGGCCUCCGACCCCGGACGCUCUCGGCCGUCGUCGACGACCUCUUCGGCCACGACUGCUGGAAGCUCGCCAUCCCGGCCCUCCUCUACGUGCUCCAAAACAACCUCCAGUUUGUCGCCGUAUCCAACCUCGAGCCGCCCGUCUUCAUCUGCGCCUAUCAGCUCAAGAUCCUCACCACCGCCCUCUUCAGCAUCCUCCUCCUGCGCAAGCGCCUCGGCGCCUGGCAGUGGGCCUCGCUCGCCAUGCUCGCCCUCGGCGUCGCCGUGGUGCAGCUCCAGAGCCAGUCGGUCUCUGGCCUCGUCCCCUUUGAGGUCCAGUCGCACGGCUACGGCCACAUCUCGGCUGGGCCCGCCGCCAACCUGCCACCCCCGCCUCCUCCUCCGCCCUUUGACGCCCACGGCGCACCUCCCCCCGACCGCUACCCAUCGCUCCGCUACACAGACGACGACGACGACGACGACAGCAGCAGCAGCAGCGGCGGGCGCGGCAUCGGGCUUGGCAUGGGCAGCGGCAUGGGCAGCGGCGUCAAGGUGGGCAGCGGCAUGAUGGGCUCGUCGAUGUUUGUCGACUCAUCGUCGAGGCCACGCGACCGGCUGCGACAGCAGCAGCAGCCUCCGUCGUCGCCAUCGUUUGACACGACGCGCAUCUCGAUGAGCAUGGAGGAGAGCACGCGCGCGUCGCACGCCCCCUCGCCCGUCAAGGGCUUCCUCGCCGUGCUGGCGGCGUGCCUCACGUCGGGCCUGGCGGGCGUCUACUUUGAGAUGGUGCUCAAGACGUCGGCGUGCGACCUGUGGACGCGCAACGUCCAGCUGUCGGCCUUUAGCCUGGUCCCGGCGUCGCUGCCCGUGCUCGCCCACGCGCUGCGCUACGGUGCGGCGGCGCCCUUCCGCCACUUUGGCACCAGCGCCGUGGCCACCGUGGCGCUCCAGGUGACGGGCGGCCUGGCCGUCGCCCUCGUCAUCAAGCACGCCGACAACAUCCUCAAGGGCUUCGCCGUCAGCUUCAGCAUCCUCCUCAGCUUUGCCAUCUCGGUCCUCUUUUACCGCUUCGCCCUCACCGGCGGCUUUGUCGUCGGCGCCCUCCUCGUCAUCCUCAGCACCGUCUCGUACUCGAAAAAGGGCGGCAACAGCGGCGGCGCCGGCGGGAGCGAAGGUGGAAGCGGCACUGCGGCGGGCCUCGUCAUCGUCCCGGCCCAGGAGCGGCACUGGGAGACGAGGGGCAGCGGCAGGACGGAGCAGGAUCGGAGCAUGGGCCUGAGGAUAGACAUUGGCGGAUGA